UUGGUCAAUCGGUCCUAUUAUUAGGUCCUCAUUCAUACAGCUAGUUUCAGUACACCACUAGUACAUCUUGGUGAUAUAGCCUUUCUGAAAUGAGUUUGGGUUUAGUUACAUUUGUGUGUGUUUAAAAUAAAAAGUGUUUUAUUAAACAAAACAUUUCUUUCCUCAAACCUCCAUCAAGAAGUUAACAAACAUCAAAGAUAAUGAUUUAACUUUGAUCAUGUUGAAAUUUAGUCUACUAGUUCUUUUAUGUUUACUAACAAGCUGCAUAGAAGGUGUAUCACGACCAUGUGUUUUGAAGGAUUAUGGACGAGAGCACAGAGUUUGUGUGUGCAAUGCUACAUACUGUGAUAUCAUUUAUAAAGUGCAAACAAUAAAUAAAGAUGAAUUUUUGUCUUUCAUUUCCUCCAAAGAUGGGUUGAGAUUCAAUAGAACAAAUGGUAAACUGAGCAACAACUCUGGAUUGCCCUUGCCUCAAGCAUCAAGCCCUCGAACAACAGUUUCGUUCACCGUCAAGCCUGGUAAAAAGUACCAGAAAAUCAUGGGCUUUGGUGGAGCAUUUACUGAUGCUGCAGGGAUCAACAUCAAGUCAUUAAGCAAAAUGGCUCAGGAGAAUUUGAUGAGAUCGUAUUUCUCUGAGCAUGGUAUCGAGUACAAUCUGUGUCGACUCCCUAUCAGUGGAACAGACUUCUCCACACACCCAUACUCCUAUGAUGAUGGUACUCCUGACCCUCAACUAUCACGCUUUGCCCUGGCUCAGGAGGAUCUAGAGUAUAAGAUCCCAUUGAUACAGUGGGCCAAAAACAUGAGUGAGAAGGAGAUUCAUCUAGUAGCUGCAUCCUGGAGCCCCCCUCCUUGGAUGAAAACCAAUAAUGAUUACGCUGGAUUUGCUUUCCUAAAAGAAGAAUAUUAUGAUCUUUAUUCAAAGUAUUUGUUGAGAUUUCUAGACGAGUAUAAGAAGCGAGAUGUAAACAUUUGGGCAAUGUCAACUGGAAAUGAACCAUCAAACGGAAUCCUGCCAAUAAAACGUUUCAACUCCUUAGGUUGGACUCCAAUCUCAGUGACAAACUGGACAGUGAAUUAUUUUGGCCCACAACUGCGAAACUCAAUUCACAAUGAUACAAUAUUGUUGGCAUUUGAUGACCAGCGCCUUUUUCUGCCUUGGUGGAUAAACCUAAUGGUGAGAGCUGACAAAAGAAUUUUAGAAUACAUCAACGGUUUUGCUGUACACUGGUAUUGGGAUUUCUUGAUAGGGGCUAAAGUCAUAAAUGAUCUCCAUGAGAAUUAUCCAGAAAAGUUCACCUUGUAUACUGAAGCUUCUGUAGGAGACAAACCAUGGGAGAAAAAAGUGGACAUUGGAUCAUGGGAAAGAGGGGAAAUGUAUAUUGCUGACAUCAUUCAAAACCUGAAUGCCUGGGUAACUGGGUGGCUGGACUGGAGUCUUGCACUGGACACUACUGGAGGUCCCAGCUGGGCCAAGAACCAAGUGGAUUCACCAAUACUGGUGAACAGCUCCGCAGAUGAGUUCUACCGACAGCCUAUGUUCUACGCAAUGGGACACGCUAGCAAGUUUGUGGAGAGGGGGGGAGUCAGGCUGCAGGUGUCACCCACUGUCACAAGAGAUGUGCAUGCUACAGCAGUCCAAAAUCCUGAUGGGAGGAUUGUCAUUAUAAUGCUGAACAAGAACACUGUAAGUGUCCAAGUAUCUGUUGAGAUUGGAGGGAAAGGUUGGGUUAACAUGGAACUGCCAGCGAGAUCAUUUGCUACCAUUCUUUGUUAAUAUGAGGAUAAUAGUUAUUUUUAUGAAUGUUUUUCUACUUGACUGGAGACCUUUAUAGCAGACAUGGUCUCAAACCAGAAUAUUACUUGUGACAUACUCAAUUUAAAAUUAAAACACUGUAGUGAGCUAGCGAAAUUUAACUAUGCUAACUUGUAAUUUAUUUAUGUGGUUCAGUUAUAAACUUUAUAACUUACUGUGAAGUCCUUAUUAAACAUUACUCAUUAAUAAGAUAAGGAUAAAAUGGACUAAAAGAAUCUUUGAAGUUGUACUGUUAUUGAUACCUACUUGAUAUUGAAUAAAUCCACAAAAGAACAAUUUAUUCUAUAUUUGGUUACAAAUAUGAAUGUAAAAUAAAAUACAAGUGAUUCGCAAAUAAUACAAAAUAUCUGCUUUUAAUAUUAAAUAUAGUGUUUGAUAUAAUAAAUAAAAAUUACACUUU